UCACAGCGGGACACAAAGAUACAAGUUCAAUGGAAUGCGUAUGAUAUCGAUGCCGAUUUAGACACUCUACAAAAAAAUUCGAAGGUUGCGGUUGAUUUGGUGGGAUGGUAUAUAAGUGGUUCUGAUAUCACGCGGCAUGUCCGCACUAUUGUGGUUCCUCUUGUCCCGUCAGCCAUUAAUACAGGACGAAUGGACAUCACGUUGAAAUCGGCCAUUAACCUCCAUCAACCAAGCUUCCCUAACGAAAAAUACACUUUUCUGCGAGGAUCUCUUCGCAUUAUGAAAGACACCAUCCGAAAUGCGGCAAUAAAUGGGAACGGCAUUUUGCAUGGGAGCCAGUCACUUCCGGUAUCCCUCUGGACACCGCUUUUCGAUAUAGAUUUUCUUCAGCGACUGACCCCGCGGUCCAGUCAAAAUAACAACUUACCGGACGCCUCGGACCUGACAGGAGGGAUUUUAACCUAUACCGUUCGCCGACCGCUUCAACCGUUGUUUGGUCGGCGUGCAUUCCAGGCGUUGGCUUUCUAUAAAGGUUCGGAGACGCUGCUUAGUCAGGCUCAAUGGAACAAGUAUCUGGCGGGAUUUCCUGAACGUCACCAAUUGAUGAACACCAUACUGGAGUGUACGGCUGAUACUGAUUUUUGUGGAUGCUGGGCGAAUGCCGAACGAAAAACAUUGAGAUACGACUCCUCGGAUUGUGCAGACUUCCCAGGGUGUCCAGCAAAUGCGAAUCAAGCCCGUUUGGACCGUGCCCGGUUCUCCGUAGAGAACCCGCUAACCAGCACCAGCGCCUGCAACCGUAUUCAAACAGCCACCAGCACGUUGUGGCCAACCAGCCCUUGUGCUGAAAAUCUCGCCUCGGUGCUGUGCGUUGUAGCUCCCACUGUAUCGCGCAAGUAUCAACAGCAGUGCUGCUAUUCGGACAACGCCAAUCUCAUUCUGGCCAACAUGCACCCGGGCGGCGGACGGGUGAAGCUGGUUGUCCAAGAUCGGCAGGUCGCAGGCGUUAGUUCCGGUUUAGUCUGGCUGGCACAGAGACUUGAGGAAUCUUUAACGGAUAGACUUCCCAUGAAAAAGUGCUGCGGGAAAGCCAACUGGAACAGUAUUAGCUGUCAGUUAUUCCGGGAUACAUUGCGCAUCAAACGAGAUGGCCAGUUUUAUCGGCAUGAGGCUUCGCUAACAGAGUGA